AUGGCUGAAGAACAAAAGCCCGUGUUGUUGAGGGAUCAUUAUGUUCCCACUACAUGCACCCCUUCUUCAAGCCUUCAGCUACCGGACAUUACGGUAGCUCAUUAUGAAAUUAAGCCCAGCAUUAUUCAAAUGCUCCCAUCUCUUUAUGGGCUUGAUAACGAGGACCCCUAUAAGCAUCUUGAUGAAUUCCUUGAGAUCUGUUUAACUAUGAGAUUACAAAACAUCUCUGAAGAUGCUUUGCGUAUGCGGAAAACAAACCAAAUACGGAAAGCCAUAACCGGUUUUUCACAAAUAGAGGGGGAACCUUUUCAUGAAACUUGGGAUAGGAUGAAGGACCUUCUACGGAGGUGUCCACAUCAUGCUAUUCCCAAGUGGCAGCUUAUUCAGUGUUUCUAUGGUGGCUUAACAGAGCCUCAUAGACAAAUGGUAGUUGCCUCCUGUAGGGGUAGGUUUAUGCUUAAAAGUGAAGAUGAUGCGUGGAUCCUGUUUGAAAACUUAGCUAAAAAUUCUUUACACCAUUCAUCAUCUGGUCGUAGGGCACCUGCAUCUAAGAACCAAAGAAGUGAGAUAAUUUUCGGAGUAAGCCAUUCCUUAGAUGUGACUACUAAGGUAGAUGCCUUAUCAAGAAAAUUAGAUCAAAUUAUGGCUACUGGUUUUGCACCUACAACUGUUUUUCACAUUCCACCUCCACAGGAAGUUUACUCAUUUUGCUCUAAUCCAUCGCAUCAGGCGAAAGAUUGCUCCGUCAUAGGACAAUUCUCUGAAGUUCCUCAUGAGCAAGAAAAUGCAGCCAUCUCCAGACCGGUUAAUGAUCCAUAUUCUCAUUCGUAUAACCCGGGAUGGAGAAAUCAUCCGAAUUUCUCUUGGCGAGCUCCAGGGAAUCAGGGACCAACUAUAGGAGUGCAUAAUCAGGCACACCCUUUGCCUCCUAAUCAAUCCUAUAAUCCCAAUUAUCGGCCCCAUCAGUAUCAGUACCAGUCAGCUGUUCCUCCAAGAAAUUCUGCUUUUGAGGAUAAGGUUUUAACUGCACUUGAUAACUUGGAAGCAAAUACUCAAUUGCUGGAUUCUCAUUCCCAAUCGAUUGCCAAGUUAGAAGGUCAAGUUGGACAGCUAGCAAAUGCGUUUAAUCAGAGAAAAGAAGGGAAACUUCCCUCCCAACCAAUAGCCAACCCUAAGGGACAAUACAUGGUCGAUAGGAGUGCUUCCGGCAGCACCACCCAUGAGCAAGUCCAAGCAGUUACAACCUUCAGGAGUGGAAGGACAGUCGAUAAUCAGGUCAGGCAGAAAGACACUGAAGAAGAUAAGUUGAAAACCACUCCUGAGAUAGCUUAUGAGCCUAGAGCUCCAUUCCCUGAACGUCUCAAGGAGCCUCCUAGUGCUGUGAAGCAAGGAGAAAGAUAUCAAGAAAUGAUGGAUGUUUUUAAAAAGGUACAAGUUAAUAUACCAUUUCUUGAUGCUAUCCGACAGAUCCCACCUUAUGCUAAGUUUCUAAAAGAUUUGUGUACUCAAAAGCGUAAGAUGAGGAAGCGUAGUCCAGAAAAAAUUAUUUUGACCGAGCAAGUAAGUUCUUUGAUACAACACGUUGUAGCCCCCAAAGUUAAGGAUCUAGGUGCUCCCACUAUUUCUUGUAUUAUUGGAGACCAUACCAUUGACAAGGCACUCCUUGAUUUAGGUGCAGGUGUUAAUUUGUUACCUUACUCGGUCUAUGAGCAAUUAGGACUCAGAGAGUUGAAGUCCACGACGGUUAUCUUGCAACUUGCAGACAGAUCCGCAAAGAAACCUCGUGGUAUAAUUGAAGAUUAA